AUGGCCUGUGGAAAUAAUGAGUACGCUGGUACGUAUCCUUUCAACGAAAAGAGUAUCUUUCUCGUAGAGCUUUGUGCAGAUGCGCACAUCUACCUUUCUAAAGGUCUAGACCUCCCCCCAUAUAUCAAACGGGAAAUUGUUGGGCUCGAGCAGACAAUCCUGCUCAAAUCCGCCGAGGGAAUAAUACAAGAACGAAAUAUGCGUACGAUGGCCACGGAAGUCGAAACAUUUUGGGAUCAAGUCUAUGCUUAUGCAUUCCUCAAUCAUGGCGUGCCAGUACCUCCAGCGAAGCUAUUCGAUCUUUCCAAGGACAGAAGCAGACCUAUCGGCAUCGCUGGAAUUCCAGAACAGCAGAAAGCACCACUCGAGUAUUUUGCAACUCUGGUUAGGCGUUUCAGUUCGUCCAUGCCUGUGUCUGAGUCCGUGCGACGGCGUCUGCAGUUUAUAGAAGAUGCAAGGUCAGGUGAAGCGGAUAUGAGCGAGAGAGAAGUGGCUGCAUGCAAUUGUCCGUAUUGCUGGGUGUACAUGGAGGACUUGGCUAAAUACAUGGACCACCUGUGGACACAUGCAGUGGAUGGUGAGCAGAGCAAAGAGUCAGAAGUAAAAGAAGACGAGGGCGUGGUGAACGAUGUACGAAGAAGCGAUCAUGAGAUGACCGUUCGUGAGACGGGCAAUGAAGAGAAAAGGAGAGAGGAGGAGCUUCAAGAGAGAAAGGACUCUGGCUACGAGGGAACCAUGCCUUUGAUGGGACCAUCGCAAAACCCAGUCGAUCAAAGUCCUACUUCUACAGCGUCUCAAGGUGCAACAGGGCAGACGCAAAGCAUGACAAGUGCGACCCUCGCGGGGAAGAAUACAGAUGAUUCUGCUGCUUCGUCCCACAGCUUCGACAUUGGGUUCUGGAGAGGGCUUCUCCAGCUACCUAUAGCCAGAGCUUUUCAGACGUCUCAGGGCCAGACAGAUAUAUCCUUUGGCGGCCAUGGAGGAGGAGCACACAGAGCGCUGUACGAACGCGACAGGGCCGCACAGGUGGUUCGUUCCAACAUGAAGUCAAUUUGGUGGUUUGAUCCUUACAAGAGGGAGAACAAUCCCUUCCAAAGGCCCCUUUGUCGCCACGUGCAGGCGUCUCGGCGCAUGGAUGCAGGACAGGUCUACCAAGGAAGAGACUCGGAUCCAAGUGACGAAGGGUUGACAUCGAGCAUAUCGAACUUUGCUAAGCAAGGCCAGGCGUCAAGAUCAGACUGGUCGUCGUCCGCGUACCUUGUGAAGCCAUCAGAUACGGAACUGGCGAAUAUCUCCGCUCCCUUAGGAGAUCAGCGACACUGGCCUCGAUCCCCUUUCUCAGAUGGACGCGAUGACGAUAGGGCAGGCGUUGGAAUGUCGGCUGGCUCUUCUCCAGACGCCUCAUCGGCACCCAUGUCAUACGGGGAAGGACGUUACUGGGUGUGUGCACACGCCACAGACUGUCGACGCGAAUUCGACAGCUUGGUGUUGUACGUCGAGCAUCUUAGCAGGCACGGUUAUGUCGUGUACAAAAAGUGGACGGAGCUGCAUCCGCGGGCGUCUCCUGACGCGUUGCAAGAGGCACGGACGACGUGGGGAUGUGGGCUAUAA